AUGAAGUACCUCGCUGCCUACCUUCUGUUGGCCCUUGCUGGCAACAACACCCCCUCCGCUGAGGACAUCAAGUCCGUCCUCUCCGCCGUCGGCAUCGACGCUGAGGAGGAGCGCCUCCAGAAGCUCCUUGCUGAGCUUGAGGGCAAGGACCUCCAGGAGCUCAUCUCCGAGGGUACCCAGAAGCUCGCUUCCGUUCCCUCCGGUGGUGCCGCUGCCGCUGCUGCUGCCCCCGCUGCCGGUGGCGCCGCUGCUGAGGCUCCCGCUGAGGAGAAGAAGGAGGAGGCCGCUGAGGAGUCCGAUGAGGACAUGGGCUUCGGUCUCUUCGACUAA